AUGACUGGAUCAUGGAUCUCCAGACAUCUCCACGCUGGGCAUUGUUCCCCAUGGGCGGCGUUUUGGCGUCGCAUCGGACGUCAACCCGCACGACGACAAACGCGGGGCAUGUCGUCUCGCUUUGCCAUCUCCACGCGACAGUGCACCGGUCUUGUAUCACCGAUUGAGUCGCGAUGGGGUAUAAGGGGAGGCCGCGCUGCCGCAGGGCUGGCUCUAGGUGUUCUCAAGGGUGUAUCGAAGCCUCUAAUACUGUACAACACAAGAUUCCUUUCAUCAGACAACAUGGCGCCGUCAUUGGAACUUUACGAGAAGGCUACUGAGGGCUUGCCUGUCAAGCCCAAUGUCACGAAUGUUCACGGCGUGCCUGCGGUUAAUGAUCUCGAGUUUGAGAGCUCCGACAAACAUGACAGAGUGUUGAAGGUGUUCCGAGCCUUCAUUGCCGACCUUUGCCAGCAAUUCAAUGGCGGUCAUCCAGGCUCUGCCAUGGGCAUGGCAGCCAUCGGUAUUGCCCUUUACAAAUACGUUAUGAAGUACUCCCCCAGCAAUUGCGAGUACUUCAACCGGGAUCGGUUCGUUCUCUCUAACGGCCAUGCUUGCCUGUGGCAAUAUCUCUUCAUGCACCUUGUUGGCGUCAAGAGCAUGACAAUAGACCAACUGAAGUCUUACCACUCCGACAAGACUGAUUCGCUGUGCCCUGGUCACCCGGAGAUUGAAAACGAAGGCGUCGAAGUCACAACAGGACCCCUCGGUCAGGGUGUGGCCAACGCCGUUGGCCUUGCGAUGGCCACAAAGAACCUUGCAGCUACUUAUAACCAGCCUGGGUUUGAGGUUGUCAACAACAUGACAUGGUGCAUGAUUGGCGACGCGUGUUUGCAGGAAGGUGUUGGUCUUGAGGCUGUGUCCUUGGCCGGGCACUGGAAGCUGAACAACCUCUGCAUCAUCUACGACAACAACUCAAUCACAUGCGACGGAACGGCCGAUGUUGCGAACACAGAAGAUAUUAACGCCAAGAUGAGGGCAACGGGAUGGAACGUUCUCGAGGUGCUCGACGGAAACUCCAACGUCGCUGCUAUUGCCAACGCCCUUAUUGCUGCGCGAAGCAGCGAUCGCCCUACCUUUAUCAACAUCCGCACCACGAUCGGCUUCGGCUCAGUGAAGGCUGGCGACGCAAAGACCCACGGUGCAGCCCUCGGUGUCGAUGAUGUUGCAAACAUUAAAAAGAGUUUCGGCCUGAACCCCGAUGACCAUUUCACCAUCCCCAAGGAUGUUUACGAGUUCUUUGCCGAUUCUAUUGAGCGCGGAAAGACCUACGAAAAUGAAUGGUCUGCAACUAUUCAAAAGUACACAGAAAAGCACCCUGAACUCGCUGCUGAGUUCAAACUCCGCGUGGAUGGUAAGAUGCCGGACGACUGGACCAAGUACAUUCCCAGCAAGGACGAACUGCCAACGGCCCCUACCGCCUCUCGCAAGUCUGCGGGUAUCGUAGGCAACCCCCUGGGCGAGAAGAUGAAGAAUUUCCUCAUCGGCACAGCGGACCUGACGCCGUCGUGCAACGUCGCCUACAACCAGAAGGUUGACUUUCAAUCUCCUGAACUGCGAACUGCAUGCAACUUGAACGGUAACUACAGUGGCCGCUAUAUCCACUAUGGUAUUCGAGAGCACGCCAUGUGUGCCAUCUCUAACGGCCUCGCUGCCUUUAGGAAAGGCACUUUCCUUCCUAUUACCAGUUCAUUCUUCAUGUUCUAUCUUUACGCGGCGCCAGCCGUCCGUAUGGCCGCCCUCCAAGGCCUCCAGCAGAUCCAUAUCGCCACCCACGACAGCAUCGGCACAGGAGAGGAUGGACCUACGCAUCAGCCCAUCGCCCUGCCUGCGCUCUACCGCGCCAUGCCCAACACUCUCUACAUUCGUCCGUGCGACUCGGAAGAGGUUGCCGGCGCUUUCAUCACCGCCAUCAAUGCGACAGAAACACCUACCAUUAUUUCCCUAUCCCGUCAGAACCUGACGCAGUACCCCCAAUACUCAUCGCGUGAGGGUGUUGCCAAGGGCGCGUACGUCUUUGUUGAGAACGACGACUUCGAUGUCACUCUUAUCGGUGUCGGCUCAGAAAUGGGAUUCACAAUGGAGACCAAAGAUCUGCUCGAGAAGGAUGGCGUCAAGGCCCGGGUUGUCUCCUUCCCUUGCCCGCGCCUCUUCGAACAGCAGUCCCGGGAAUACAAGCAGUCUGUGCUUAAGCCGCGGGCGGGCAAGCCGACUGUAGUCAUUGAGGCUUAUGCCGCGAAUGGAUGGGAGCGUUACGCAGAUGCGUCCUUCUCGAUGCGCCGGUUCGGUAAGAGUUUGCCCUCCAAGGCGGCGUACGACUACUUCGGAUUCAAGCCAACGAGAAUGGCACCCAAGAUUAAGGAGCUCGUUGAGGAAGUUAAGAGAGAUGGCAUUGAGGUUUUGCGGGGUGAUUUCAGAGACUUGAAUGGUCCUUUGGGCGUUGGGUUUGAACACUAG